AUGAUUGCCAAACAAGGAAACUUUGCGAAUGAAACCACCCGACAUUCGCAGCUCCAGCAGCUUCAGCGUAUUUACUGUCGUGGCGAAUUGCUGCAUGAGGUACAAAUGCAGGAGCUCUUUGAGGAUAGUAAACACUUUGUCGACAUGCCCAUCAAGGCCACGUCGUCAAUAGAUGACAUAUUGAGCCAAUUUCAAGAGCUCAAGGCGACAAAGUCAAGCGGUCCUGAGUGGAAAGCUCAGCUUUCAGCGUUUGUCAACCAGCAUUUUGAUUCACCAGGAUCAGAACUGGAACAAAUCACCCCGCCAGAUUAUUUAGAGGGAGAAAUGCCGGAAAAAAUCAAGGAAAUAAAAAACGAACGACUGCGAGAAUGGGCAAUGGAGCUGCAUAAGCUCUGGAAGGUGCUUGCUCGAAUUCCCACGGUUGCCUCGGCGGGUCAAAGGGCAAGGAGCUCAUUUCUUGGCUCAGUUCCUAUUGUAAAAGGACCAGACGAUUCACACGGUGUUUUGGCGCGUCAAUCUGGUGGGGAAAAUGUUGUUGUUGUGCCCGGUGGUCGCUUUCGCGAGGGCUACUACUGGGACUCUUACUGGAUUGUGCAGGGAUUAUUGGUUAGUGGGCUCGACCAGACCGCACGAGGAAUUGUUAAUACGUUACUUGAAUAUGUUGCAGAGUUUGGAUUUGUUCCAAACGGCGGGCGUAUCUAUUACCUCACGCGCUCACAGCCUCCAAUGCUCUCAGAGAUGGUGCGUGUAGUUGCCAAGGUAAGAAAAUCUAACUCAAACGAGGACACAAACACUUGGGAUCUCGAGUACCUGCAAGCUACAGUGCCAUUGCUUGAGCGAGAAUACGACUUUUGGAUGCAACGUGGUCCUCAUGGUCACGCAGUAGAGGUCAUUGGUAAAUCGGAUGAGACCUUUAUACUUAACCGAUUCGUAGCAAAUGCUAAUGAAUGUCGACCUGAAUCAUACCGUGAGGAUAUCAAUACAGCCCUUAAAUCUCAGAGUGGCGAUUGUGAUAAUGCUAGACUGUACAAUGACAUCAUUGCUGCGGCUGAGAGCGGGUGGGACUUCAGUAGUCGAUGGUUCAGCGACUUUUCUUCAAUACCUACCAUUCGCACCUCGCGAGUGAUUCCAGUCGAUUUAAACACAAUAUUACAUCGUGUGGAACUCAAUAUCGCAUCUUUCCACAAACUUUUAGGAAAUUUUGAGGCGUCAGAAAGAUUUGAUGAUGCUGCUAAAGCACGCGUGAAAGCAAUGGAUGCAAUGUUAUGGAAUGAGUCCAAUGGAAGUUGGAAAGACUAUCUACUUGACUCGUGCACGCACUCGCCAGUGGUGUCCCUAUCCGACUACUUUCCAUUGUGGAGUGGAGCUUAUAAUAAGGCUGAUUUGAGUCGAAUCGAGAAAAUCGUGACGUCUCUGGAAAAGUCUGGCUUAUUGCAAGAGGGAGGCGCUGGAACCACAAAGUUUGUCACGGGACAGCAAUGGGACGCUCCCAUAGCCUGGGCACCGCUACAAGAUAUUGUCAUUGAAGGUUUACAGGCCGCUGAUACGGCAAAGUCUUGCGCUCUUGCGAAAAGGCUUGCGCAGUCAUGGGUGGAAGCCGGUUUUGUCGCCUGGCUGAAAACGGGUCUUAUGUUUGAAAAGUAUAACGCAGAGCGCUAUGGGGGCCCGGGUGAAGGUGGUGAGUAUACGCCACAAUUUGGUUUUGGCUGGUCAAAUGGCGUGAUCCUCACAGCCUUGACGAAGUAUCAGGAGCAUUUGAACAUUCCCGGUCGAUUCGAGAAUGAUGUUGAACUCAAGAAUUUCUGA